GUUACAAAAAGUACAGAAUCAAUGAAUCGAGAACUGUGUCGGCAUUCCAAUCUUUGACGUUCUUCGUUUCAUUUCUUUUGAUACUUGGGAUUGUGUGUUAUGGAAACCAAGAUUAUCACCAAUAUCUGAUAGGUAGAGAAGUUAAGGCUAUUUUACCACGAAGUGAAAAGGUACAUGAAGCGUUAGGUUUGUGGAUGUGGUUGAUGAACAUUUAUGCUCCUGCUAUGUACCCAUCACAUUGGUACAACGGCGAUAAGGGAAACAACGAGAUGUACAUCAGUGACAUGAGCUCUGUGUUGAUUGGCAUGCCACGGAUCAGACAACUGAGGAUCGAAAGAAACUCAUGUCCUAAGAGGCUCGUGGAAAUCUGUAACGUUACUGAAGUUUGCUAUCCUCACUAUGCCAUUUGCCGUGAAGAUAAAACACCAAUGUACCUCCCAAAAUGGAAACUUCCUCCAACUGUUCUUUCAUCGUCCUCGUUUGAUAGAUUGUGUCCAAAGCCUUGGCGGUAUCAUACCUCAGAAGAAACUAACAAUUUACCAAAAGUAACCCCUCGAGAAACAUAUGGAGGAGGUGGUUAUGUGGCUGAUCUUGGAUAUGAUUUACAGACAGCAAGAUACGUUAUGGAAAACUUAAAUGAGAACAGCUGGAUCGAUCGGCGAACUCGAGCCGUCGUCUUGGAAUUUAACAUUUUCAACAGUAACAUGAACAUCCUCGUGGUCGCACACUACUUCUUCGAAUUCCUACCAACAGGUGGAGUUUUCAAAUAUGUUAGUGUGCAAAUGUUGAAUUUGUAUGGAACAGAGACUGGUUUGGUGCAAGUUGUCUUACUUUGUCGCCUUCUUCUUCUGGUCAUGAUCAUUGCUUUCAGUGUAAUUCAAGUGGUCAAAAUGUACCGUCAAAGAAAGUCAUACUUCAAAAGCUUUUGGAACUGGCUUAUUCUUGCCCUCAUCAUUACUUCUAUAACUUCUGUAGUUCUUCACAUCUUUCGAGAGAGGGCCGCCAAAGACACCAUAAAGGAACUUCAGAGGAACAUUUAUGCCAUGGUCAGCUUCCACAAACCUUUACGUUUACUGCACUUUGAAACUGCUGCUCUGUCCAUCGUCAUCUUUCUGGCGACAGUUAAGCUGCUGAGACUCCUACGCUUUAGCAAGCAAACAGUAUUUCUGUCGAUAACAAUUCGAUUUGCUGGAAAAUAUUUGUUUUCCUUCUCGUUCGUUUUCAUUAUCAUUUUCUGUUCGUUUGCCAUGUCUGGUAUGAUGGCGUUUGGAUCUGUUGUGGAGUCCUAUUCCAGUUUCCCACGUGCCUGUGUGGCUCAGUUUGAAUUCCUACUCGGAAAGGCUGUGCCCAAUUUUCAAAUGGCAAGAGUAAACCCUUUUCUUUCCUUUGUGUUUUUUAGCCUUUACAUUUGCUCUAUGACUGUCUUUUUCCUCAAUCUAUUCAUCGUCGUUUUGAACUGUGCUUUGGAGGAGGUUAAGAAUAAUCUUGAUUCUGUGGCAGAUGAGCUCGACUUGGCCGAAUUUAUGAUUAGUUACUUAUUUCAGGGCAUUUCUAAUCUAUUUGGCUGGAAAAAACGCAAGAACUGCAAACUCUAUUGUGAGAGUAUGACUUUUGAAGAUGAAUGCGCCUAUAUUGAGAAAUGUCUUAUUGAAAUCGAUCAAAGACUCUUCAUAUUGUCAGAGCGCACCUUUCCGGAGGAGCGUUACUGUUUAAAGAAAGAUCGGAUGGUGAAUACAUCCCUGUUCCAGACACAGUCUCAUUUGAUUAAUAGUGAAACAGGCUCUGACAGCAAAGUAACAUCCCUUCAACAAGCAGAUAGAAGGAGUAUGAGCGAAGAAGAAACUCUUGAUAGUCCUGAAAGAGAAGUUGUAGUGGAAGUGGACUGCGAUCCCUCAAAUUUCACCGUGAAAGAAAUGAUAGAAAAUUGUGAACAAACGAUAAAUCGAACGGCCUCCCCUUCGCAAAUACAUAUGGCCACUGAAUACGAAGAGAAUUAUUAAAUUUGGGAACACUUGUGGCACUUAACAAAAUAAUCUCGAAGUAUAUUAUCAUUUUCAUUGUGUAAUGUAAAAAUAGCUAACCAAGUCUCAAUUUCAGUGUCAUUUUAGUUUAGACA